CAGCUUAAACUCACCGCCAGCUCAACCAAGUCGGCUGAAGAUGAAUUAUUCUGAGUUGAUCGUUUUCGAAGCAAGUGACCGCUGAGUAUUUACCGGUUUUGGUAGUUAAAGGAAGUGGGUAGCUUAAUAAGCUACAAUAGCUAGCCAAUGAGAAAUGUAUGUUCAUUUUCUGUUCACAAUGAAGCUGCUAGGAAUGAUGAUUCUAACUUUUACGACUGUGUUAUGUGAAUCAGACGAUGAGAACACGGUCCAAAUACCGGGAGGUCAUUUUAAACUGGGAACGAAUGCAGCAGACGGGAGAGAUGGAGAAUCUCCGGCAAGGGAGGUGUCUGUCGAACCUUUCGCCAUUGACAAAUACCCAGUCACUAACCAGGAUUUCAGGGAAUUUGUUAGGGCAGUGAAAUAUAAAACGGAGGCGGAGACAUUCGGCUGGAGUUUUGUGUUUCAAGAUUUUGUGUCGGAAGAACUGAAAAGCAAAGUAACGGAGAAGAUCGAGUCUGCUCCUUGGUGGCUGCCCAUAGAGAAAGCCUUCUGGAGACAGCCUGCAGGCCCAGGCUCUGGGAUUCGGGAUCGCCUGGACCAGCCGGUGGUGCAGGUGAGCUGGAAGGAUGCCCAGGCGUUCUGUAAGUGGAGGGGGAAGAGGCUGCCGUCAGAAGAGGAGUGGGAGUCAGCGGCCCGGGGGGGUCUGGAAGGCAGGACGUACCCGUGGGGGAACCGCUUUCAGGAGAACCGCAGUAACCUGUGGCAGGGUAAAUUUCCAGAGGGGGACACUGCGGAGGACGGUUACCAUGGCGUCGCCCCUGUAGCUGCGUUCCCGCCUCAGAACAGCUACGGGCUGUACGACCUGAUGGGGAACGUCUGGGAGUGGACGUCCUCGCGUUUCCCCGGAGCGCAGGCCAUGUACGUCCUGCGCGGCGGGUCCUGGAUCGACACCGCCGACGGAUCGGCCAAUCACAGGGCACGCGUCACCACCAGGAUGGGGAACACUCCGGACUCGGCCUCGGACAACCUGGGCUUCCGCUGCUCUUCCGGGUCCGGUGGGAAGAAGCGGAAAACCGGGAACAGAACGGAGCUGUAGAGACCCGGAGGCUUCCGGGAGGAGGAGUCACGUUGCCGUGGGAACAGCUAAAUUCUCUCCUGUGGAGAUUUUCUGGAGCCAAACAAUGAAACUUUUUCAACGUGCAUUUCCUGUUUGUUUUUUUUAAAUCAAGGACUUCUGUAAAAAAAAUUGUCAGCAUUAAACGUGGAUCAGGUUUUCUUUUUCA